AUGUGGGGGGCGACCCGGCACGCCACGGCCACGGCGGUGGCGGCCGCUGUGCUCGCGAGCGCAGAGGCGCUGGUGCUGCUGGUGCAGCUGGGAUUGCCGCCCGCGGACUUCGACAGAGAGCUGGCGCUCCGCCUGGCGGCCAUGGCCCCCGCCACGGCGCAGCGGCCCAGCUUCUGCCGCGGCGCAGUCCUGGAUGGAGAGGGCGCGAUCGACGUGAGCGACGACGGCGGCGUGGUCGGCGACGUGAGCUCGCUGGGCGCUGAUCUCAUGGGCUCCCAGGAGAUACGAGACGUGGCAUCUGCCUUCGAAGAUGCCCCCACGUUCCCAUCACAGGAGGUGCGCACGGCAAAGGCGGGGCCUGGUAAAGGCAAAGGUGCACGUCGGCCCCGGCUGGAGCCCGAAGCAGUUCAAGACGGAAAUCACCUCAGGAAGUGCCGCGCAGCUAUCGUGUCCAAGUUUGGUGACGGCCGCCGCAUUGUCAUGGGCAAGGACUUGGGGUCUUCUCUAAUAAAAUGGGGCAAGGAACUUCAGAAGCGAGUUGCCCCUGGUCGUGAAUCGCCGCCCACGCUCAUGUGCAACGAGGGGGCCCCGCGCAAGCAUGGGAUCUCCGAGGGCGAGCUCCAGCUCGCCGCCGCCGACGUCGCGGCUGCUCCCAAGGAUGUCAAGUUGGCCGAGUCCCCCGGCAAGCGCCUGGCGACUGUCUGCGGUGGCUUCAACUUUUCCGCCGGCGAGGCGGUGAUCGUGGUCGAGGGGGGCGAGCCGGCGCGAGUCGAGCGCGGAGGCGGUGCAGUUGACGCAAUUGACCGCGUCUGCUGCUCGCUGGCGAGCUGGCGGGCCCGCCGGCUUCGCAUCUCCGCGGCGACCGCGGGCUUGGCCGAGGGGGUGUUCGACGAGAAGCCUGUGAUCAGCUAUUUCGGUCAACGCCCCUUCUCCCUCGACCUCGGUUCAGGCCUCUCGGAGGCGGAGCCGCGCGAAGGAGGCUGCGUUCGCUACCGCGGCAAUGCGAGGUUCUUGGGUUUGCGAAGCACGGGCAUUCAGUUGCUGUCAGUGGCGAUGAAUGGGGUGCUGCGUCAUGCAUUAGAAUGCGCGGCCCCAACGAACCAGCGAGGGUUCGUGCCGCGGGGGUAUCUCGGCUUGAACGCCAUCGAGAUCGGCGGAUUCGCCCGCGCGCUGUCCGUCGCCCCCCUGCAGUCCCUGGGCACCCCGCUCUUGUUCUCCUUGGAUUCCGGCCAGGCCUUCCCCCUCCUGAAUCAGGACAUUGGCCUCGUGAGGGCCUGUGCCGAUGAUCUUUGCGGCGCCGCGCGGGCCGUGCCCGACUUGCGCGAGAGCUAUCGCAUCGUGAUGUUGGCCGAGGCCGUGGCGAGUUUGCGCCCCCAGGUGGCGAAGUGCCACGCGGUGCUGUUGUCGGGCCCUUUCUCGGCCGAGCUGUCUGGGGCGGUCGCCGCUGCCCCGUGCAACCUGGCCCCCGAGUGGGCUGGCUUCGAGGCGCUGUUUGUCACUGCGCUCGUUGCCGCCCGAUGCACGCCGCCCUCCGUCGCGCGCUUGCCCGCCCAUUCCCCGCCCCUGUUCUUCGCCGAUGGGGUCUAUGGUGCCCGUGCCUCGAGGAUCGGCGCGGGCGUUUGGGGCGUGGUCGACGAGCUCCCCGCGUUACCUGACUCGCCGCCGAGCAGUUCCACAGAGGAGGUUGACUGGGUCAUUGGCGCCCCGGACAAUGUGACGAUUGGUUCAUCGGGCCUCCUUACCGUGGCACUGAGGAAGCAAUACGUGCCCAUAGAGAAGAACGGCGCGGUCAUCGCGUACAAGACUUCCUAUUUUGGCAACAUAUCGGUUGGCGCGCCAGAGCCUCAGGAGUUCACCGUGGUCUUCGACACGGGAUCCGCGCACCUCGUGCUCCCAUGCACUGGCUGCGACAGCGAGACCUGCGCAAAGCACCGGCUGUACAAUCGCUCGAUGUCGGGGACGAGCGUGGACAUCGAGCACGACGGCAAGCUGGUCCCUGCAGGCGUCGACAAGAGCCAGCGCGACCAGCUGGCGAUCACGUUCGGGACGGGCAAGGUCGUCGGCGAGUUUGCGGAGGACCAGGUGUGCCUGGGGCCGCGGCCGGAGGAUUGCAGCACCAUGCGGGUGGUGCUCGCGAACGAGAUGUCCGCGGAGCCCUUCGGGCUCUUCGCCUUCGACGGCGUGCUCGGGCUCGGGCUCGACGCGCUGGCGCUAAUCCCGAGUUCAGCUUCUUCGGGAGGAUGA